AUGGUAACCGUACUAGCCCACAAUUCGGACAAUGUAUCCGGGAGCAUUGCACGUAGUCGAGGAAAAAACAAAGAAUUGUACUACAAUACCACAGGUCUAGCUCAGAUCAUGAAAACCAAGCGUUCCGACUUAAAGCCUGGAGUCACCACUUCAGAGACGCUAUGUAAUUUGACGCGUACAUUUCCAUGCUCCUGUAGCGUUUUGCUGGAUGACAAAGUUUCAGUGAACUGCUCGCACAGAAAUCUAAAAUCAGUGCCUAAAAAUAUCCCAGAAAAUGUCAUCGAGUUGAUUCUAGACAACAACAGGAUGGAAAAUAUUGCAGUGGGUUCAUUUGCAAAGUUUUCUUCUCUGCAAACACUGGACCUCUCGUACAACCUCAUAUCCCAUAUUGUCUCAGGUACGUUCAACGGAUUACAUCAACUGAAAACUCUUCGUCUGGACGGAAAUCCAUUAAAACUGUCCAAUCAAACGUUUCCUGACGACGUAUUCGAUCAUCUUUACAGUCUUGUUUCGUUAAAUUUGAAGUCUGAUUCGUACGUUAAAGGCUCGGACAUUCAAUACCCUGAUGUUGCCUUAGCUAAACUCUCCUCACUGGAGACGCUUCUAAUCAGUGGGUUGUCGAACAAGACAUUUGGAGAAGGCGUUCGCAACAUGACGUCACUUCAAACAUUAGACCUUUCUUGGACACCUUCAUUUAGGUUCAUAUCUAGAAAUACAUUUGUCAAUUUCAAUAAUCUUACAUUGAAGAAUUUAUUGCUAAGCCACUGUGAUCUGCGGUGGAUCCACAAAGAGGCUUUCACACAUUUGGCAAACAUCGACACUAUUGACUACAGCUACAAUAAGAACCUGGAGAUUAAAGGAGUGGGGAUGAGCUUCUAUGGCCUCCAGAACACUACAAUCCGGAAAAUCGUGAUGCGACGGGUUCAUCAGCCGCCGUUCUAUUCCGUUGUAACGAAGGAAGACGUACAGUAUCUUAAGAACACGAAUUUGGAGGAACUGCACGUAGACAACAACACCAUCGGCCAGGUGGAAGACGGCGUACUUCUGCUUUUACCGUUAUCACUCCAAACAAUUCGCAUUUCGUGGAAUAACAUACAGUCAAACAACAGACAGGUCCUGCGCCUUCUGCGGUUUAGAAAUGCCACAGAGAUUGACGCUAGCUACCAGGAGAUAAUACAGCCGAAUUUAGGGCGUGGUAGCCGAUCUGCUUUCAAUCGCUAUAAAGUCUUCAACUACACGUCAUCACAAAUAAGCAAUAGUCAGGUGAGGACAAUUCUUCACGAUCAUGCGGUAAGACAAAAUGGACACAUCCCAUUUAAUGUCCCACCAUAUCUGUGGAUGGUGAACUGCAGCAAUACUUACAAACUGCGAUUUACCAUUCCACUUCUCGAAUUUACAAACUCAAGCCUCAGUCAUUUGUAUUUAGCUUACAAUCUUUUGGACACAUGGAUUGGUCCCGUCAAAGGUUUGAACAAUCUACGACAUCUUGACCUAACAGGCAAUAAUUGCUACAACGUUUCAGAGACGUUUUUUUCCUAUGGAACCAACCUAGAAACAUUGUUCAUUGGAGAAAACAGGUUCGGAAAAGACUUUAGCGACAACACGUUUUAUAAUCUCACCAAACUUAUUCGCCUAGACAUGAACGACAAUCAGCUUGAAUCUGUUGGGCCCAACUUGUUCGCAAGACUAACAAGUCUCACUUAUCUGAACUUGUCCAAAAAUUACCUCUCGAACUGGACAGGGACAAUUUCCAGUCUGGUAAAACUCACCGAUCUAGAUCUGUCCAACAACAAACUAAAAACGCUCCCUAGAUCGUUGUGCAGGGACCUUGAUACUAUCCAGCAUUUCUCUAACAUCCAAGUAGACAUCCAGGGGAACCAACUUCAGUGCAUCUGUGACACGGAGUAUUUUAUCGAGUGGUUAACACAAACGAAAGUUCACAUCCGCAAUUUAAAUUCCACUUCCUGUACUCUGGCAAAUGGCACAGUACUGUCUUUGGCAGAUGGCACAUCCAUUCUGAACCAUCUUCAGGGACACUGUCGAUCUUACACAGUUCUGAUUGGUGGAUUAUGCGCAUGUCUGGCUUUGUUCCUGACAGUGGUGCUAGUUGGAAUUGUUCGCAGACAUCGCUGGAAACUCCGUUAUCUGUUCUACAUGGCUACCAACUGGCGAAAGAGAACGGGUUACCAAAGGCUGGACACCGCCGAAGAGAAUCCCUUCGGUUACGACGCCUUUGUGUCUUAUGAAGACUCGGAUCGAACCUUCAUCCGUGAACAAGUUAUUCCCCGUCUGGAAAGGGACGCUGGCUUAAAGCUCUGUAUAGACAAGAGAGAUUUCAUACCUGGACUCUAUGUUACUGAUAACAUUCUACACGCCAUACAGAACAGCAGGAAAACCGUGAUCUUCCUCUCUCCAAAGUUCCUGAAGAGCAAAUGGUGUGUGUACGAGAUGAACAUGGCUCGGAUGGAGGGAAUUCAUAGCGGCAGAGACGUACUGGUGAUGGUUCUGACAGAGAAAAUACCGACCAGUCAACUUUCCGCUGAAAUGAUAGACAUUAUCCGCAACCAGACGUACAUCGAAUUGACAAACAACGUGUAUGGGGAGGCACUUUUCUGGGAAAGACUUGUUUCUGCAAUUCAGGCAGAGUAG